AAGCAGCGCACGCGCAAGCAGCCAUCAUUAGUUCCUCAUUUCCUUGACCAUCCAGAUCGCAGUUGUUGAAACAACCACCACAUCAGCUCCUUGCCGCGUCGUAAACUCACAGUUGCUGCCAAUGGCGUUCUGCGCGGUCCCGAUUCCUGACUCUCCGGGCCUCACGUGUACCUCAGCUGCAAUGUCUGGCAUGGCGGGACUACUCCUUCGGGGCGCAGGUGACGUCACGUCACAUGCCGACCCCCGUGCUCAAGGAUCAUGGAUGCGGCGACAUCGCAGGAGAUUGAGAGAUCGGGAUACUUACAUG